UGUGAAGAAGAAUUUGUCCGGUCAACCCCACAAAAUCCGGGACAUAGGUUAAGAGUAAAAAUAGUAUUUUUUUUCUAUCAGCUGAUAAAAUUUUGAUAUCAAAUGUGGCCUGUUUUCUUCACAGCACUGAGGACGUACGCUCCUUACAUUACUCUUCCGUUUGCUGGGUUAAUUGGAGUCAUUGGAUAUAAUCUGGAAAAUUGGUUCUCUGAUAAAUAUACCCCUUACAAUAAAUCAAUUGAAGAGCAACGUCAAGAGAGAUUGUUAGAGGAAGAAAAACUGAAAGCUGCCGAGAAUGUGGAGAAGUUAAAAUAUAAAGCUAAUGUUCUCAACACAAACGUAUCACCUUCAUUAUCCUAAUUGUCUAGUUUAUAUUCAAAUUUAUGACUGAUGUUUGUCAACAGAUACAUUCCUAUACAUUGAACCUAUACUAUAACCUGAAAUAUCUAAUUAAGUGUAAAGGAAAAUGAAAAAAUGCAUCUCUUUACUCAUGAGUCAACAGUUUUGAUCUACGUUUGAUAAGUACUAUUUUGAUAUAUAAACUAUACUUUUUGGGAGGAAUUCACAAAAAGAUCCGUUUCAGAAAUACAGGGUGAUGAAUGUAAAAAAUGAAAAUGGUGUUUUUCAUCAUCAUUCAAAUUUGUGAUUCAUUUCAAAAUGAAUCAGGAUAAAGUCUCUUCUUUCUUCAAUAUUUUCUGAAUCUCCAGUUGAAUGAACAUACUUGUUCACAUCAAUGAAAUUCAACCAUUUCAAGGGUAUUUGAGAUUUGUUAUGAUUCCUUCCAAUUGAUUUGAAUGUUCAAGAAAAUGAAAAAUUAUAUUGGAAUACAUAUUUUGUUGAAUCGAACUUCUUAAAUAAAAUGAAAUUGAUAAAGCUGCAGUUCACUUAUGUAUUGUUGUAGUGAACAUAUUUUCAGGGAAUUUCAAUCUCAAACACAAGUUGUGAGGUCAUUUUCAAUGCGCCUGAGACUUAUUUCCUUUGCAAAUGUUCACACAUGUAUACAGUAAAAGCUCUGUUAACUGAACUCAGGUCAACUCAAAUGGUUACAUGAACAAAAUAAACUAGUGGAUACCAUAAUAUAUGAUACUCUGCACAGGUAAUAAUACAAUAAAUUGAAAUACGCUCACAUUGUUUGAAAAUAAAGAAAAGUAAAACCUACAGAAA